AUGUUGAACAUCCUCCUCGUCGUCUUAUUGAUACGUGGUGGGGUAUGUGCCUUCAAGAUGGGCAACGUUCGCAUGCAGAUGAAGACGACACAUUUCUGCAAUCUUGACUUGAGGGACGUCAAAGGGAAACCAGUGGCAUGCCACAUCUCCAAGGCUAUGGAAACUGAAGGGCUGGUCCUACCUGGUAUGGAUGAUAACAAGUCCUCCACCGUUCAUCGAGACAUCUUCAUCGCCAAGGACGGUCAAGCG